UAGAGUUGCUAAGAAACACCACACACGUGGACUACUAGAGAAUGUUGACUUAGCCACAAGGCUAAUAAUGUGGCUUCAACAAGAUGAUGCUACGCCACACUCUGCACUCAUCGUUCGUAAGAUUUUGAUUAACCUUACAAUGGCAUGUGGAUCAAACGGAGAAGUCCAGUUGAAUGGUCCACUUGCUCACUAGACCUUACAUCAUCCGAUUUUCUGUUUGGGGAUAUGUUAAAAAUGUCGUUUUUGCUCGUGGUCGACGACGAGCGAAGAUCUGAUAGAACGAAUUCGACCAGCUAUUCCGAGAAUAUGAGUUUCAGAAAUUUAUGAAAAUGGAAUAAAGAACAACACUUUAUAAUUUCAGUAGAAUUUCAACGAGUUUAUAAAUUUUGAUUAGAAAUCAGUUGAGAAUAUAGCAAUUCCAAUGAUAGCAGAGAGAGAUUAUGCACCACUGAGUGCAGCAUGCGUGCGUUCUCUCAGCGAUAAACUUUACGAAAAGAGAAAAGCUGCUGCGCUUGAGAUCGAAAAGAUGGUAAAGGAAUUCGCCGCUCAUAAUAACGCUGCUCAGAUAAGGCGCCUAUUAAAAGUAUUAGGACAAGAUUUUUCUACAUCACAAAAUCCUCAUAGUAGAAAAGGGGGACUGAUUGGCCUUGCAGCAAUAGCAGUGGGACUUGGAAAAGACACUGGACAGUACACUGAGGAUUUGAUUCAUCCAAUUCUAGCUUGUUUCUGUGAUCCUGAUCUUAGGGUACGAUAUUACGCAUGUGAAAGCCUUUACAAUGUUGUGAAAGUUGCAAGAGGGGCCGUUUUACCACAGUUUACAGAUAUUUUUGGCGCACUUAGCAAAUUGGCAUGCGAUUCUGAACAAAGCGUGAAAAAUGCUACUGAACUCUUAGAUAGAUUGAUGAAGGAUAUUGUGACAGAAAGUGGAAUGUUUGACUUGGUGGGAUUCAUGCCUCUGUUGCGGGAACGUAUCUACACAAAAAGUUCUUUCGGCAGACAAUUUGUGAUUUCUUGGGUGUCAGUUUUAGAUGCCGUGCCCGAAAUGGAUUUUAUUAUAUUUCUGCCAGAAAUCUUGGAUGGUUUAUUUAAAAUUCUGGAGGAUCCAACUCCAGAAAUAAAAAAAGUCACAGAUACAGUGCUCGGAGAGUUUUUGCGAAGCAUUAAAUCUAAUCCGGCGAGAGUAGACUUUCCUGGCAUGAUAAACAUUUUGAUUAACCAUGCGCAGAGUACAGAUGAGCUGCUGCAAUUAACAGCAAUUACGUGGAUAAAAGAAUUUGUGAAUUUAUCUGGACCAUUUAUGUUUCCCUUUAUUUCUGGGAUAUUUACAGCAGUUUUGCCGUGUCUAGCUUACGAUGGAGAUACUAGAAAGAGCAUCAAGGAAACAGCUGCUCAUGUCAAUGCCAAUCUUAAUAAAUUGAUAACUGUGCAAAGUACUGAUUCAUUAGACAGGAUGCCGCAUACGGAUAAUGAUGAUUUUAGGAAAGAAAUGAAAGAUUCAAAAAUUCAAGGCUGUCCAUUAGCUGAAAGUUUAGAUCUUUCCAGUGUUGUAGAAGUACUAACAAAGCACCUGAUGCAUACGUCUGUACAAACAAAAGUAGCAGUUCUAAAGUGGAUACAUCACUUUUUCACAAAUAUUCCAGAAAAAAUGUUUUAUCAUAUAGAUGAUUUGUUCCCGGUUUUGAUGCGAACGUUAAGUGAUAAUUCAGAUGAAGUAGUUCAGCAGAACCUAGUUGUUUUGGCCGAAAUUAUUGGAUCAAAGUUUUCUGGGACGUCGUUCGACAAUUCGCAUUUGACUGUAAAAAAUAAGUAUUUUACAAAAUUUAUAGUAAACUUACUGAGAUUAUUUUCGACCGACAGGCAUCUUUUGGAAGAAAGAGGUGCUUUCAUUAUAAGAGAGCUGUGUGUAUUAUUAAGUGCAGAGGGCAUUUAUAAAAUAUUAGCAGAAAUCUUAUUGGAAGAGCAGAACUUGAGAUUUGCUGGAAUUAUGGUGCAAACUCUAAAUGUUAUUCUCCUGACAAGUUCAGAACUAUUUGAAUUGCGAUGCAAAUUGAAGGAUCUGAAUUCAGAGGAAAGCUGCAACUUGUUCGUGUGUUUAUAUGAAUCGUGGAGUCACAAUCCGGUAGCUACAGUAGCUCUCUGUCUUUUGUCGCAAAAUUACGCCCACGCUUGCGACCUCAUCAAGGCAUUUGAAAAUAUUGAGGUUACAGUAGAGUUACUUACGGAAAUAGAUAAACUAGUACAGCUCAUAGAAUCACCAAUUUUCACAUAUUUGCGGCUGGAACUGCUGGAAAGAGAAACGAAUGAGUCUUUGGUACGUGCUUUGUAUGGUAUAUUAAUGAUUCUACCGCAAAGCGAAGCGUUUGCCACAUUGCAUCGGCGAUUAACAGCAAUCCCCCUAAACUUCAAUCCAGUCCCGACCACAAAAACCUCUCACCAUUUAGAAGUUUCUCUAAAAUACGGCAUUGAUUUUCAAAGGCUAUUAAAGCAUUUCAAUAGCGUUCAAGAAAAGCACAGAGAACAGAAGCAUAAGCAAAAACUCACAAUGUUAAUUGAAAGAGAAACAAACCCAGUGGAUCUUUGAAUGCAUUUGUAAUUUAAAAAAUUGAAAUAUCAAAUACGACAUUCACAGUAACAUACUAAGUACAUUCUUAAAACACUACAUUUAAAAAUAAUAGGUUUAAUGUAUGAGCCAAGAAAAAUAUGAAGUUUCAUUUUGGUUGAAAUGUAAAGAAAAUUUAUAAU